CCUCCCCCAACACUAACCUCUACUCUACACUGCUGCCCAGCUAUAAAAGGAUACAUUUGGUGUAUUCAACAAUAGGCAGGAAAUCACACAAUGCAUCUGGUUUGAGAUGGUGAAAGCAAACGAAACUUAGGUAGGGUACUUCUUUUUGUUUUUUAAGCACACCUGUAACUGGUAUGGAAUGGAAACUUGUCUUGUCAGAAAAACAUAAAAUGAUUUAUUUUUGGAAAAGCAUAAUCCUGUUGAGCAUUUCAUGUGGCAGGGCAGAGCCAGUAGCCCAGCAGGUGAAAGGGAUUGUGGGUGAAUCGGUCACUUUGACUGUGGAGAUACCAAACCUGCAGCCUGACACUGAAAUUGACUGGAGAUACGGGUCUGAGAAAACAGACUGGCUGAUUGCAAGGGUUCAGAGAGGGAGAAUUGAAGUUUAUGAGGACAGAUACAAAGCGAGGCUGCAGACAGACAACACGACAAGCGCUCUUCAGAUUAGCAGACUGGAGAAAGAGGACAGUGGACAUUACAUUGUGGAAGUGUACAGAAAAAUCAAAUUCCAGAAAAUAUUCCUUUUGUCCAUUUACGAUGCAGUUCCUAUCCCUCAAGUUAACAGGAGCAGUGAAGCCAGGGACAAUGAUUAUUGCAUUCUUCUGUGUUCAGUGACAGAAAGCAACAAUGUGCUUCUAUCCUGGCAAAGAAACUGGACUGAAGUGACUCAACCGAGCUCAACAAGCACAACCCGACUCCAACUGUCCAACUACGAACUACAGGGGGAGAACUCUACCAACACAUACGCCUGUGUGGCCAGCAACCCAGUCCACAAUCACACAGUAACCUUCAUGCCUUCAGAUUACUGCCCUAGCACAGCGAUCAAAGAUUCUGUAUCCAGCUGGCUCAGCACUGAGCUGAUAGUGAGAGUGCUGCUGUUCACACUGCUGACUGCAGCCCUGAUCACAGUGUGUGUGUGGCUCUACAGGAACUGGAACAACCUCACCACACACGGGUACUGGAGGUAUACUGUAGAACUGCCAGUGAAGCACGGGGGAGCAUUGUGA